AUGCGGAUGAUGCCAAAGACAGAAGGGGACAACUAUUCUAUGGGUCUGAGGGGUCUUGAUGCUGUUAUCUUGGAACAGGGCGUUAUCAACGGCACGGGGCUCCUUGCCCUGAAAGCCAAUCAUAGCACGGAGAUCGGCGGAGCCGAUGUUGGUGCUGUCAAGACGCAGCAGUCUACGAACAGAUCAGAAGUUCACAGCCUCCGCACAUCCAAAGGUCUAGCAACUUAUACUGCGCAUUCGUACAAUUUACUGCAGAGCAUCAAGAGCUUGCGAAAAGGUUUUUUACAUGCCCGGUUAGAUAUCACGCUGAAGCGGCUAAGCCUGGAAAGUUGA